UUGAAUACGUUCAGGAAUAUUUUAAUUCCAAUUAUUAAAAAGAAGUGGUCGAAUAAAUAUAAGGUUCUGAAGUUAUGUGAACUACGUGAGAAGAGUACAUUAUGUGUAAUUAUCGGUACACUUUUCAAACAUCAACAGCUAAAGCCGAGCAUACUGAAAGAGCUUUCCGACCAGCUAGAGAUUAUCCCGCAGCCUAUAAGAACUCAUUUUGUCCACGAGUCUGAUAGUCUUGUUCUAGAAGAUGAGCUCCAAAGGAUCAAAUUGUCUAAUAACUGCAUUGAUGUACAUGAAAUAGUCACUGGUGUUGUUGUCGCCAUCCUUGGUUCAGAAGAUGAAGAUGGGGUAUUUACAAUUAAAGAUGUGUGUUGGCCUGAAUGUAACAUACAAAAGCCUCUACCAGAGUUAAGCAGCGAUAGAUAUGUAGUCUUUAUGUCAGGUCUUAAUAUGGCAUCUAAGUCAGCUGAUCAUUUGUUCUCUUUAAAUUUAUGCCUUGAAUGGUUGUCUGGUUUUUGUGGUACUUCAGAAUACCAAAAAGAUAUUUCUAAGAUUGUAAGGGUGAUUAUUGCAGGUGGUAUAUUCGCAAAUCACUCAAAUGAAAUUACGUUAAAUGAGUCUGAUGUAAUAGCUUCGGCUGAAGUAGUAGACUCCUUUUCUGCAGCUGUAAGUGCAGUAGCACCUUUAGAUUUGAUGCCAGGGUGCAAAGACCCGUCUGGCAUUAUGUUACCUCAAAAACCAUUUCACUAUUGUCUUUUUCCAAAAGCUGUGGAGUACAAGUCGUUUAAUAGAGUUUCAAAUCCAUAUGAAUGCGAAAUUGGUGGUUUCUUGUGUCUAGGUACGUCAGGUGAACCAGUGAAAGACAUUAUGAAGUACAGUAAACUUGAUAAUCAUUUAGAAAUAAUGAAAAAGACAUUACAAUGGCGUCACAUAGCUCCAACUUGCCCUGAUACUGUGCCUUGCACACCUUGUACAGAAACUGAUCCAUUUACAAUGUACAAUUGUCCUGCUGUGUAUUUCAGUGGAAAUUGUAAAGAAUUUGCUACUGAUCUAUAUAAAGGAGAAGAAGGCCAAAUCGUAAGGAUUGUAUGUGUUCCGGACUUCUGUGAUACGAAAACUAUUGCCAUUGUUAAUUUAAGUAAUUUGGAGUGCCACAGUAUGAUUUUCUCAUAA